CAAGAGCUCGCAAACAUCAAACGCAGUACAAGAUGUCCGACUAGCGAUUAGAGUGCUGAAAUUUUAAAUUGAACAUAUUUCUACAAGUUUUGCAUCCUCAACUCAUCGAAAUGAGUCUCCGAAUUGACAUCAGCGUGUGUCGCGUUUGCUGCAAGUCGGAUGCUUCGAAUUCGAUCCUGAAGUACGCCAAAAAGUUUUAUUACUGCACAUCAAUUGAGGUGGAAGCAAACGAUGGACUUCCGGAUAAGAUAUGCGGAGCAUGCCUGGACCGGCUGAAGAUCGCGGUCGAGUUCAAAAAGAAAAGUGAAUUCUCCGAUCGGCAGCUUAAGAGCUUCAUCAGAAAUGUGAACAAUCAGUUCAUGGCCCUAGAGGGCUCGGACGCGGGAGACAUGGAAUGUGAUGAGGAUGAAGAAGUGCUGCAGAUGCUGAAUAAAGAGCCUCAAAAGCUGCCACAGGAUAUAAUGGUAUCAAUUCCCAAAAGGAGCGCCAGCUCAAUGUGUUCGUCGAAUAAAGUUGAACGGCAAUCGAUAUGUGAGGAAGCUGUUUCUACUGAACCGGAAGUAGAAGAAAUCGUUGAAAGUAAUAUGAUUCCAAAUCAGACAUUGGAACCGGAUUUGGAGCCUGAAUUGGAAACUGAGACCCUGGGGGAAGCAGAACUGGAGAAUGAACCAGAACCUGUCCCGGAGACUGAACCAGAGCAGGAACAAGAGAAGUUCCGCGCGGUUGCGGUAAUUCAGGAAAAGCCGGUGGUUAAGCCGGAAAAGGAACUUUACGAAGUGGUUGAGCUAGAAUAUGACGAUAAUAUGAUUCAGCAUAAUGAUGUCAUUGUUGUUGAGGAACCACAAGUGGAACAACGGGAUUCAACGCCAAAUGGUUCCGAAACCGGAGAAGAGUCGCAACAGGUAAUUUACAUUGGAUUUACCUCCGAUUAUCAGGACAACGAAGAUGAGGAGGAGAUGGAUGUCCGAAAUUCAGAGGCCAUUUACGAUAUCGCCGAAAAACAAAAGGAGCUACCUAAUGCGAAUAUGGUAAAAGAAAAUUAUGACCUUAUUUCCAAGACUUCGACGGUCAGCUCCUCAACAGGCGGAAGGUUUGAUUGUCUCAAAUGUCGCAAGUCAUUUUCCACCAAAACGAAUCUCAACCGUCAUGUGCAGUCGCACAAUGGAAAUAAGCCAUUCGUUUGUCCUUUGUGUCAAAAGGGUUUCACCCAGGCAGGCUCACUCAAGCAACAUCUGCUCAUCCACCAAAACCUACGUCCAUUCGUUUGCUCGGUUUGUGAUCAAGGCUUCACCCAGCAAAAGUCGCUGACUUUCCACAUGCGACGGCACACCAACGAAAAACCGUUCGUCUGUCCGCACUGCUCGUACGCGUUCCGCCAGAAGGACGGCCUGAAGCGUCAUCUGCUGGUGAAGCACUCGGCGAACGAUGCCAAGAUGUUCGACUGUGACCUGUGCGAGAAGUCCUUCAAGACAAAAUAUGCCAUGACGGUGCACCGGAAGCGGCACGACGCAGGCCUGUUGGGUAGCGAUGGCAAGAAAAGAAAGGUAUUGACGGACGAGAUGGUAAUGUUUUAACGUAAUGCGAUGAGAUCUUAAUUUUAAAUAAGUACAAUUUAGUUGAUA